AGAUUAAAUCAAUUGUUUUUCUCUUCAUAAUUGCCAUUAUUUUCCUCUCUUUUUUUUCCUAAACGCAUAUAUAAACCGUUCGUCUCCAGGAAAAAAAUAAAAUCAGAAAUUAAAAAACCCUAAUUACUGGAACAGAUUCUCUGCGAUUUUUCCGAUCAUCAGUAUCUCCUGUUCAGAUUUAAUUACGGUUUCGCCUAUUUUGGUUCGUCGAUCAUUUUUCUGUCAGCAAACUGAAUUGGGGUUUCCGCUUUGUUCUGGAAGUUCAUCACUUAUUCGCAGAAACGGAAGUUGUCGAAUUGUGAAGUAAUUUCCUGAGUUAAGUAGUGACUGAAAGUGAUGGCAGAUUGGGAGGAUGAACCUGUUCCAAAUCUUCUUAAGAAGGAAAAGCUGAAGCGUAAUUGGGAUGAUGAAGACUUGGAAGAUAACGACAUUAAGGAUUCUUGGGAAGAUGAAGAAGAGCCUGCCCCUGCACCUAAAGCUGAACCUCUUCCUGAAAAAUCCCCUCCUAAGAAGACAACAGCAGCAAAACCAGUUGAAAAGAAAGGGAAAGCCAUUGAAGCUCCAAAGGAGGCACCGUUAGAUCCUGUAGAAGAAAAACUUCGUCAGCAGAGGCUUGUCGAAGAAGCUGAUUAUAAGGCAACUGCAGAAUUGUUUGGCAAGAAGGGCGAUGAAAAAACUCUUGAUAAUUUUAUCCCUAAAUCCGAAAGCGACUUUGCAGAAUACGCUGAACUUAUUGCUAAUCAGCUUCGCCCCUUCGAGAAAAGCUAUCAUUAUAUUGGGUUACUGAAGGCCGUAAUGAGACUGUCGUUGACUUCUUUGAAAGGCGCAGAUGUCAAAGAAGUUGCUUCUUCUGUUACUGCAAUUGCAAACGAAAAGAUCAAGGCGGAGAAAGAAGCUAAUGCCGGCAAGAAGAAAGGUGGAAAGAAGAAACAGCUGCAUGUUGGCAAGACUGAAGAUGACGUGGCGGUCGAUACUAUGGAUGAUUACGAUGAUUACGAUUUCAUGUGAGCAGGAUAUUCUUAUGUCCAACAGUACAUGGUUUAUUUAUAUAGCAAUUAGAAAGAGUGGGAAAAUAUAAAAGAGAAUUAGGGCAGGUUAUUAUUUCUCCCUAUUUAGGAGAUGGAUUCAGUAAUGUCCACCUGUCCGUUUUUUCCGUUUUUGGGGUUCGAAAAAUAAUAUUAAUGUUUUCGUUUUUUUGAUGUGGGUUUUCACCGUUUUUCUUUUGGAGCUUAUUGGUACUCGUUUGUUGAUCGAAGAUAUUUGAAUAUAAAAGGAAGUACGAAGCCUAUA